UAUUUAUUCUCCCUUCACUUCUCCUUUUACACAAAUAACCCCGGACAUCCGUUGUCACCAGCUUUGUCGCGGCCACCUCAAGGACAAUCACAAAAUUCUGCCUUUAGGACUUAGGAACAGUGCCUGCAAAAGGGCAAAAAUAUCCCAGCAUGGGCAUGAGUACUUUGAAAUUGCUGAAGUAUGUCCUAUUUGUCUUCAAUUUGCUCUUUUGGUUCUGUGGCUGCUGCAUUUUGGGCUUUGGGAUCUACUUCCUGAUCCACAACAACUUCGGGGUGCUCUUCCAUAAGCUCCCCUCCCUCACACUGGGCAAUGUGCUCAUCAUUGUGGGCUCCAUUAUCAUGGUGGUUGCCUUCCUGGGCUGCAUGGGCUCCAUCAAGGAGAACAAGUGCCUGCUUAUGUCGUUCUUUCUCCUGCUGCUGAUUAUCCUCCUUGCUGAAGUGACCUUGGCCAUCCUGCUCUUUGUGUAUGAACAGAAGCUGAGUGAUUAUGUGGCUGAGGGUCUGACAAGUAGCAUCCAGCGUUACCACUCAGACAACAGCACCAAGGCGGCGUGGGACUCCAUCCAGUCGUUUCUGCAAUGUUGCGGUAUAAAUGGCACAAGUGAUUGGACCGGUGGCCCACCAGAAUCUUGCCCCAAAGAUCCACAAGUUAAGGGUUGCUACAUGAAAGUAGAACGGUGGUUUUAUUCCAAUUACCUGUAUAUCGGAAUCAUCACCAUCUGUGUAUGUGUGAUCCAGGUGUUGGGGAUGUCCUUUGCACUGACCCUGAACUGCCAGAUUGAUAAAACCAGCCAGGUCCUAGGGCUGUGACUUGCACCCGCCCCGUGCUGGAGAGAUUUGUUUCAUCUUUGGAAAUCCAAAACCACUUGUAGCAUGAAGUCCUAAAUGAUCACCUCCUGGACUGGCACCUUUGUCUUCCUCUCAUCUCUUUCUUAUUUUGGCCCCUGUCUCAUACAACCGGAGAACAUGGUAUUGGCCAGGCACUUCUCAUCUCAGGCAGUCAAACGAUCAUAUGCAGAGUUGUGGCAGCAGCCAUGUCCCUCACAGUGGUGACACUAAUAUGUGAGGAUUUUCCAGACAUGAGAGGCCCAGAGAACCCAUGGCACUAAUAGAUCAAGAUCAAAGGAUGGGUUCAGAAUUUGAAUUUUGGUAUCUUCCCAUUGUCAAACCAGUCUCCAGCUUCUAAAUCGUUCCCAGUCUACUUUUCAAAAUUGAACAAGGGACAAGCUGAAGGAAGUUUGGGGGCCAGAUAAUUGUCUCAACCAUUUAUUUUCUUUUGACUGGUGGCCUUGGCUAGGGGAAUAACAAUAUACUCGUUCCCUAAAUGGUGAGAUUUCUUUUAGUUUCUUUAUUAAAGGGCCUUGCUGAUUUAUUCUAAGUCUUUCCAGAAGAGACUAUUCAGAGUUUUAUACCCUGAUUUCAACUGGUCUCUUAACCUGUGAUUUACAUUGCCCUGAAGGAACUCAGAAGAAUCCUGGUGUUAUUUUCCUAUCAGAUAAGGUUUUAUAAGUGUAUUAUUUUAGCUCUUUAAUAAAUAGUUUAUGGUCUCAAUCAUAAUAUUCUCAUUUCUAUAGCUCAAAAUCACCUUCCAUGACUCAGCCUGAUUGUCCAGCCAUAAAAGAAAGCUCAGGUAGUAGCAUCAAGCCAGGUAUUUUAGUUAUUGCUACAAAAAAAUUACUCCAAAAUUUUAGUGGAUGAGAACAAACAAUAUUUAUUAUCUCAUAGUUUUGUAGAUCAGGAAUCUUGGAGCAGCUCAGCUAAGUGAUUCUGGUUCACAAUCCCUCACAAGACUUCUAUCAAGGUAUUAGCUGGUGCUGCAGUCAUCUCAAGGCUUGAUUGGAAGAAGACCCACUUUCAAGUUUCUCCCAAGGCUACUGAUAGGCCCUAGAAGUUCUGUUUUCAAGCUGUCUCCUAUGGCUGUUGGCAGGCCUCAAAUCUUUGCCACAUGGAUCUUUCUACUGGGCUGCCUUAUGAUAUAGCAGCUGGUUUCUUUCAUAGUGAGACAUCCAAGGCAGAGCAUGAAAGAGAACAUCUAAACCAAGCCAUAGUCCUUUUAUAACCAAACUCAAAAGUGGUAUCACAUCAUUUCUGCUAUAUUCUUUUCCUCAGAAGUGAGCCAAUAAGUUCAGCCUGCACUCAAGGGGAAAAGAUGACAUAAAAGUAUAAAUCCCAGGAAGGUGGGGGAUCAUUGGGAACCACCUUAGAGGUGACUUUCCACACAGUGUUUGUUGGUAUAAAUAAAGAAUAAAUAAAGAAUAAAUAAAGAAGCUUAAUUGAAUUAUCUAUAAUUAUCUAUAAGUCUUGGAAACUGCAACCAAAUUUUGUACAGGAAAAAUCAGAGCAUACCUAAUUCAGAGCCAACAAGCCAAGUAUAAAGAAGUCAGAAAAAGGAUUGGAACCUUUUGUUCAUAAUCUCCCACCUCCCUUUAAGGAAAAUUGGUCAUUUGAGUGGUAGUCUACAGGGAAACCUACAUCUUUUACACUUUCCUGAGGCAUCUUUUACACUUUCCUGAGGCAUAGAAGGAGAAAAACUAUCUCAUAUUCUAUAUGUACAAAAUUAAAUUUAUCAUUGUAUCCUUGAAA